AUGCCAUACAUUUCUGAAGACCAUCAACUUGCCGACGUUGGUCCUGUCACUAUCAUAACUCCUUUCAAAUCAUCGAUCUUUUUUGAAACAGACCCUUCAUUAACUGUUUAUAAAAGUAAUAAUCAUUGGAAACAACUACCCGAAGAGAUCGUAAACAAAUUAAAGAUUGUUAAUGAAGAAGAAGACGAACAGAAACCGUUAUCUAGGAAUUCAAUCUUUAAUAUCCCAUCAGAUUGUAACAAUCUAAUAAUAGAUAACAAUAAGAACGAUACUGGAAUUGCUGCAUUAAAAGUUAUAAAUAUAAUUGGCUCCACAAAAUCAUUUGAAUAUUUCCCUAUAAUAAAAUCUUCUUUCAAUAUUAAUUAUACUUUACAUGAAAAAAAUAAUAAUAAUGAUCAACGAAAUCGUUUCGAAUCAACUUUAGAUGAAGUCUCAAAAAAAUUCAAUAUUGAUAUCUUAAUAACAAACAAUAAUAAAAAUCAAACUUGUUAUAUUCUUCAUUGUAUAGGCUUAAAACCAAAUAUUAUUAACGUGGAACCUCAUAUUCAAACAAUAAUUAAAUCAUUUAGUCCCAAUAUUUGUUAUUUCCAACAAUCUAUCGAAUUACAAUCGUAUUCUCAAUUACCAUCUUUUAAGGGCAUUAAGAAUUCCAAUCUAAACCAUUUUACAAAUAACACAGACAACGACAUUGAAAUUGUCUUACCGUCAUCUUUAAUAUAUCCUUAUAUCAUUACUUCAGAUUCUAAUAAUAAAGUUUCCAUAAGACCACAAUGCUUUAUAUCGAGUACAAAUGAAGUAUUAACAACUGGUUGUAAUUCUUUACUUUGGAAAAACUUUAAUAAGAAUAACUUGAAAAAUUCAUUCAUUAAAAAAUUUACCAAUUUGUCUCCAGGUAAAUUAUUAUUCAUACGAACCUUUUAUGAAGAAAAAUUAAAUGAUUUAAUGAAUAACUUCCAAUCAUUUAUUAAUAUUACACCUCAAUUCAUAGAAUUUCAAUCUAUUUCAAUCAAUCUUUUAAAUUCAAUAAUAAAACAUUUCACAACUGAAAUUAUUCAUGAAAUCGUUGAAAUUAAAUUGAAAAUAGAUAACUAUCCAGAAAACUAUAAUGAUCUACUUCGAGAUAAUAAUAAUAAUGACAUGAUAUUUGUACUGGAUGAAAAUCCUUCAUAUCUAAUAAUAAUUACUAAUAAUAAAAACAUUAUGUCACAAGAUAAUGAAAGUCUCUUUAAUACAAUUGCAACAAUUGCAUCCAAAAAUAAAUCAUCAUCGUCAUCAUCAUCAUCACCGAUCACUGCAAUGUGGGAAAUUCAUCCAUCUUUCCAUGAAUUUAUAUCAGGUAAGAAAAAUGGAAAACUGAUAAAAAUUAUGGAAGAUAAUAAUACUAACGACAACACGAAAAACCCAAAAUUCGUAAUAUCUUUAGAAAUGUUAGAAAAUGAUGAUAAUUUAUUUUUAUCACUUUUAAUUGAAAACAAUGCAGAUAAUGAUAAUAAUAUGAUUUAUUUAAAAUCAAUUUUUAAUAAAUUAAUAAAUGAAUUCCCAGCUGAAGAAUCGUUUUUCAUUCCUGAAAUUUAUCAUAAACCAGUUAUUGGUUCAGGUGGUUCUUUAAUCCAAACAACAAUGAGGAAAAAUAAUGUCUUUAUUCAAUUUUCAAAUACUUUCUUAUUACCACAAAAUAACUUAUCAUUAAUAAGGUACAAUAAUGUCAUAAUUAGAUGUCCAUUUAAAAAUAAAUCAGGUAUUGAAUUAGCUAAAUUAGAUUUAAUUGAAAUCGUUAACAAUUUUAAACUUUCACAAAAUUUUAACGUUAUAAGAUUCUCCAAAAAUCAAUUCAAUUUCAUCUUAGAAAAUUUUACAACUUCAAUUAUAGGUAAAUUAGAGAAAAAAUUCAAUGUUUUCAUUGGUUUUCCAAAUAUACUCCUUCAUAAUUGUGGUGAUGACCAAGAUAUUAAUAAUUACCACCACAAUGAGACAUUAACUAUUAAAGCAAAUGAUGAGAAUCAAUUGUAUUUAGCUACCAAUGAAUUAAUUGAUGAUUUUUUCGCUUCUGAAAUUGAAAUUAUAAUAUCUUCAUCAUCAUCAUCAGCAGCACCAACCUUUUUUACAAAUGAAAUAAUUGAAGAUUUCACAAUUUCGAUAAUAAAUCCAUUGAAAACAGUGUUCAAUAAUGACUUACAACUUUCUAUAUCACCAUUGGAACCAAUCAUUGAAAAGACGACUGAAUUAACAAUACUGAUCACUUAUAAUAAGAAAAAUGGAAACGUAUCAAACAUUGCUUUAGAUUUAAUUAACGAUUACUUAAAAAAUUAUAAUAAUGCUUCAACAUCUUCAUCGCGAUCAUCCGAAGUUGAAAUAAUUUCACAAAAAUCAUUCACUAAUAAAACUGAUUUCAUUUUGGAAACAUCUAAAAUACAUUCAAGACAAAAAAGUAUAAGUAUAUCCCCACAAAGGAAAAAUUACAUUCCAUAUAACACUACCAAUAAUAAUAAUGACAAUAAUAAUAUUAUGCCACAAUAUGUCGGACCAUCCGGUAAUAAUGAAGAUAUUGAUAUUUAUUCGAAUUAUUAUCAACAACGUUCUCCUAUGAAGACUUUUCCAAUGAAAAAUAACACCAAUCAUUUGACGUUUUAUCAUUGA